AUGCCGCGUAAAAGCAAGUCUGCUAAGGCGGCACCAGAGCCUAUGGGGGAAGAAGAAGACCGUCUUGUUGCAGCCUAUGCUCUCUCGUCUCUAUCAUCAGGUGUAUCAAGUCCCCUAGAAGUCUCUAGAAAAACAAAGGUUCCACGCAAGAAAGCUGAUAAGACUCUAAAAGUAAAUAUACCUCCACCCAGUGCCCUGAGGCCAAGUAUGCUGGGAAGUGAUGGACGUAACUUGACUGAGAGUAAUGAAUCUGAUGUACCAAUGUAUGAUGAUACUGAUGGGAAUAGACCUUCAGUGGCUGGUGUGGGAUUUAAACGUAAAGCAGAAGAGUUAAACUAUUCCAAAGCACCUUUCAUACAUGUGCCAGUAAUUCAUCCUAAUAUAAAUAAGGUUGCAGCUGAAACAAACAGUCCGGGAAGCUCUCCAAAUUCUGAGUCCUCUAUAACAAAUAGUUCUUUACCACCUAAAAAACGCAAAUUGAAGGUGUUUGAGCAAAGAGAAUCUUCAUCUCCGAAAAGUGACACAGAAGAUGGAAUGAUCCCAGUAGGUGUUGAGGAUCAAAACACCCCAGCAGUUACGACACAUAACACAUCACAACCAUUCUAUACUGUCGUCCAUGAAUCGCAAGGGGGUAUGAAAGUUUCUAAUAGUGAUCUAUCUCAACAGCCUGAUGCCAUGGUUACAGAGCCCAUGACACCAACAACAGCAACUAUGACGCAUACAAAUGACCUGUCACAAAUCCCUUCACCUGACCAACAGAAGUCAUUUAUGAUGGACCCAAAGAGGAACCUUAUGAUGAUAAAAGAAUGCCAUAUGGCAAUCACACCUGAUGAAGAUGGAGACUUGCCAAUCCACAUAGCUGUUGUUCAUGGCAACCACAGAGCAGUUUUAAAACUCAUCAAUCUCAUGAAGAUGCAGGGAGAGACAUUGGAUAGAAAAAAUGCCUUAAGACAGACUCCAUUGCAUCUUGCAAUACUGACAGAAGAGCCACAGAUUGUGUCAUGCCUCAUCCAAAAUGGUGCAGGGAUACGGGUGCUUGAUCGCUAUGGGCAAACAUCACUACAUUUAGCUGUCAGUAGAGGAAGCCCUGCCUGUCUUGAUGCCAUUAUAGAGACAUCUAAUGACCUCCCCAUAAAUGAGAAAGACUUUGAAGGUCGCACCCCUCUCCACCUUGCAAUAGAGACGAGUAGUGGUCACAUUGUGCGCAGACUCAUUAAAGCUGGAGCCAACGUAAACGUUGUGGAUGGUAAAAGCGGAAGGAGCCCAAUAUUCUAUGCAGUAGAGGCCAACCAACAGCAUUUAGUGGAGAUGUUGCUUCAGGCGGGAUGUUACGUCAACCUGCAGAAUUACUCAGGGAACACGCCUCUCCAUUGCGCUAGUGGGCAUGGUUUCUCUAACCUUAUACAGAUGUUAAUGAAGUAUGGGGCAGAUCCCUACGUUAAAAACCAUUCUGGAGACUCUUGUCUCUCUUUAGCCAAAACGAAACCAGCAUUUGAAGCAAUGCAGAAACCCACUAGCCCUGUCCAACCAUUGUGGCACUCUCCCUCUCAAGCAACAGGCUCCAGCGCCCCUAGCAACCCUGGGGUUCGCAUGAAGCCAGCUCCAAUCCAGGUCCAGAUCGCCCCAAGGAUUAAUUUCCUGGUGAACAAGAUGUCUUCGUAUCCCUUACUCAGCAUGGCUAUCAAACCACAAGAGCAGAAAGAAGUGCCUAUCAAACCUAAAGCAUCUUCUAGUGCCAGGUCAUCACCAGCCAUGAGUGAUAUAUCAGAACGAAGCCUUAGAAUCGAUGAAUCCCCAACAAGUGACAUCACGAGCACAAGUAGAGACGAAACACCUGGCGUUGAUAAUGCCGAAGAUGGUAAACCAAUUAAAGAGGGAGCUAAAAAGCAGAGAGCAAAACGGAAAAAAGAUAAGGUUAAAAAUGCUUCUAAGGAUAAGGUUUCUAAGAAUAUACGGGAUCGAUUAUCUCAAAAUGAAAAUAUGUCAUUGCCACUUUCUCAACCGCACCAAGGCAACGAAAACAUUGUACAAGGCCUAGCAGCAUAUCUUCAGAGAGGAGGUGGAAUGGGACCAGCAGCAACAGCUAAACUUCCCAUCCCAGCUACCAAUUCUGGGAAUGCGAUACCUCCACUAAGACUGCCUGUAAUCUCAGCAGGGAAUAUGCAAGCAAUAUUAGCAAUGAUGCAACAGGGACAAAUUCCACCAGCUGUUGCCGAAACAAUUAAGAAAGCACUCACAAAACAACAAGAACAACCCUUUACACUGACAUCAGAGUCAAAUAUUACGAUGACACCAUCAAGUACUUUAACAUCCAAAUCAACAACUGCCUCUAUGGACCCUAAAUUUCAAGAGGAUGGGGUUAAGGUUGGAAAUGUAAGUGUAAAAACUGAGCCAUUGACACCAGAUGAGGAUAAAGGUUCUGAAGUUGAGAAAUUACAAGCUGCCACUGCUGCUCAUAUUAAAUCAAUCAAGGCACAACAAGCUGCAGGUAUGAUGUGCAGUGCCAAUAUGACAGCACAAAACCCAAAUGUAAAUCUAUCUGUGAUGAAUCCACUGACUUUACACCUCAGAAACCAAUUGGCCACACAAGCACAAUUGCAGCAAAUACCAGGCACAAACAGUCACAAUCUUCAAAUGUUGAAACAGGAGCAAGAAGUGGCGCAAGACUUGUCUAUGAAAAAAACAAGAGAUUUAACUGAGGACUAUGGGAACUCUAGGCAUAAAGAAUUAAUUGAGUCAGGUCGUACAAUUAAUUUAACUAAAUCAGGUCGAACAAUGGAUUUGACUGAGUCAGAUCGUACAAUGGAUUUGACCAAGGCAGGUCAUACAAUGGAGUUGACUAAAUCAGAUCGUACAAUGGAUUUGACUGAGUCAGGUCGAACAAUGGAUUUAACUGAAUCAAAUCGUACAAUGAAUUUGACCGAGUCAGGCCAUACAAUGGAUUUGACUAAAUUGAAUCAAAUAAAAAAUGUAACUACAAUGAGUAGUACUAUGAAUUCAACAAAUCAGGUUAGUUCAACAAACUUAUCAAAACUGAAUGAUGGUACAAGUUUAAAUGUGCCAGAUCUGAGUAAACAUUCGAUGGAGCAAGGUCAUUCAAAGGAUUUAACUAAAAAGGAUACCACUAACACAGUUGCUACGUCUGAUUCAACACCAACAAUAAAAACAACUGAUUCAAAUGUUUCUGAUUUGAUAAAAAGAAAUCAUACAAUGGAUUUGACUGCGGCAAGUGCAACCAUAGAUUUAAGUACAGUAAAACCACAUGCAGAGUUAGCUUUGGUAGACCCAACUGUCAUAGAUCGAAAAUUGAAUUCAUCAAGCAUUGAACCUCAGUGUUUGGAGAGAAGGACUGCUGAAUCUAAAGAGGAUGAUAAUAAAUCUAAAAUGAAUACAAGACAUGAAGCUCACAAUGAUAAACUAGCAGCAAAUACCCCAAAUAUACAAAACAAAACUGGAGCAAAUAUGAAAAUUAAUGGAAAUAAAAACGUAACUGAAGGCAGUUCAAAUGAAAUGCUGAAUGUUCAACGAGUACAUAAACCGAGUCUUGACAAUGAAUGUCAUUCCAGUCCAGACUCUACUACUAAUAAUGAACAAACAAUUAAUCCUAGCAAGGAGCGCAAAGAGGAACUAACACAAUAUGACUCUGAAAUUGUAAGCAGUUCGGAACAGACCAUAAAAAAAAUAGACAGGUGGGUUGUCACCAAAAACCUUGAUCACAUAAAAGCUGCUGAUGAUACACGUCGUGACUCUACUGAGCAUGAGGAGAGUGGAACUGAUUUAGACGAUUUACCAGGUGACUUAGUACUUGAAAUUUCAGAGCCAGAAUCUGAAAGUUUACACCAGUCUGAUUUUGCUGUGAUGAAAAAGAGCUAUCGGUCCCCUUCACAGUAGUAAUACUUUAAAGGCCCUAUGUAGAUUUUAAAUCACUUCGACUUAUAUUUAGAUAUUUAGAAAAGAUUCAUGUUGAAAACAAUGUCAACUAAGUUGCAUGGCGUUACCUUGUUACAUAACAUUUUGAGAUUUACAUUAAUUAAAAUUAAAUGUCAUUUUAUUGUUGGUAUAAUUUGAACUCAAUUUAAUGAAUUCUUUUCAGUGAUGUUCAAAAUAAUCUGCUUCAAAAUGCAUUUUUGAAAAACAAGGAUAUAAGCAACCAAUAAAAACAAUCAUUGACAAGUGUUUCAGUCACUGAAGUUAGAAAAAAAACAUAGAUAAAACAUAUUUUCAAACUUUACAU